CAUAGAAGUUGAACUCUCUUUUCUCACUGCAAACAUGAAAGCUUCAUUACUUGCUCUCUCUACACUCUCCUUGCUCCUCUUGUUGGGUAGCACUACAGAUGGAAGGAAAGACACGGGAGAAUAUUGGAGAGAAGUCGUAAAAGAUCAGCCCAUAGAAGAAUCAAUCCAAAUUAGCCUUGGUCGUGCAGAUCCCACCGGUUCCCUCUCUGGUUGCCAUGAAGAAGAAAACUCGUUUGUUAAGGAUUUCGAACCGAGGCCUGAUGUCUCCAUUUAUACUAAUGAUCUUAAACUAGCAAAAGAUAAAUCUUUUGUGAAGGAUUUUGAGCCAAGGCCUGAUGUCUCCAUUUACAGUAACGAUAUUAAAUCAGCACAAGAGAAAUCCUUUGUUAAGGAUUUUGAGCCUAGGCCAGAUGUCUCCAUUUACAGUAACGAUCUUAAACCUACAAAAGAGAAAUCUUUUGUCAAGGAUUUUGAGCCUAGGCCAGAUGUCUCCAUUUACAGUAACGAUCUUAAACCUACAAAAGAGAAAUCUUUUGUCAAGGAUUUUGAGUCAAGGCCUGAUAUCUCCAUUUACAGUAAUGAUCUUAAACCUACAAAAAAGAAAUCUUUUGUUAAGGAUUUUGAGCGUAGGCCAGAUAUCUCCAUUUACAGUAACAAUCUUAAACCUGCAAAAGAGAAAUCUUCUGUCAAGAUCUUUGAGUCAGGGCUUGGUGUCACUAUCUAUGAUAACGAUGCCACCAUUUAUCAUGACUAGAUAAUACUCGUGUCAAGAUGAUAUACAGAGCCCUUGUAGUGUGUGUAUGAAGUAUUGAAGACUGAAUAAUUUGUCGUUGGCUGAUCUACCCGUUGUAAUAUAGCCAGUGUUCAUGUAAGGUAGCAAGGGCUACUGCUUAUGUAAAAUGCUAAGUGUAUUGCUCAUGAUCAGCUUGCACUUUGCAGUACAACAGACAAGUUUACUGCAAGAUAGCCAUAGCUGAGAAAUAAUUGAAUAAUUUAAGGCGUGCUAAUUCUGUUAA